CUCCAAUCAACAAUGGCGAAGGUGAUCGAAGUGGAUUGCAAGUUUCCCAUUUUUUAGUGGUUUACCAAUCAUUUGAAGAUGUCCCAAGAGUACAGCCGAGCGCUCUUAAGGGUGGCAGUGGCCCAGAUAUGUCAGCAUCUUGGGUGGAACUCGAUCCAUUCCACACCACUAGAGCUGCUCACAGAUGUACUAGAGAGAUACCUGCUGCAGCUGGGGAAGAACACACACAGAUACUCCGAACAGUUUGGUAGAACUGAGACCAGGCUUGAAGAUGUGUUUGUUGCAUUUGAAGAUCUUGCCAUCCAAGUUCCGGAGCUGGAAGAUUAUAUGAAGCAUGUGGACAACCUACCAUUUGCAAAGGAAGUGGUCUCCUACCCCAUACCCUGCCCCAGUGACCUGAAGUUCCCGAAUCCUGAUAGCAAAGAAGUCCAACAGAGAAAGGUGUUUGACUUUGUGCCCGAACAUCUGCCGUACAUGCACCCAGAGUUAAAUGAGGAGGAAGAGGAAGAUAACAGUAUGCCAGCUGCCCCAGUCAGCCCAGAGAGGUUACAGGUGGAGCCCCCUGUCCCAGAGUCAAGCCCUAGCCCCACACCCACUGGACAGGGGGAAAAGAGACCCGCACCCAGCCCUGGGGAGUCACCUCUGCCAUUCAAACGACCAAGGUUGAUAGCAUCUCAGCUGCCUGAGGAAGCAAGUGCCUCACAGUACGAGAUGGAGACGGUUGUUAUGACACACAGUGGAAUAUUAUCAUCCCUUGUUGAAGGCAAGGCUGCCGAUACUAAAAAGCCGCCAGUCGGAAUAAGACAAACCUCAUACAUCAUAAAGAAACAGAGACCUGUGUUGUCAAACGCUUCUGUUAUGAAGACACCAGGAGAGACUCAAGUCAUAAAGCUAGAUUUUAACUCUGAUCCAUCCAAGAAAACAAAAUUUGUGGAAGUUGAUGAGAAUGUGAAGGACAGCGGAGCAUUACUGAGUUUUGAUAGAAGUGACCCUGAAUAUAGACCGAAAAAGAAGAAAAAAUUCCCCCUAAAGCAGAAAAAUUUAGAAAAACCACCUUUUAAGAUCAAAAGAGGUCCUGGCAGGCCAAAGUCUCCUGGUAGAGCAUUUGGUUCAGUGAUUCAUAACAAAAGUGCUGGAAGUUUCAAAAUUCCAAAAAUUGGGGAGAAGCCGAUAGUUCCCCCAGCAAGUCCACAACAGUCACCAUUGGAUUUGUCCCAGAAAUCUACUCCACCCCCACCUCCUAAUAUCACUGUUGUAAAAAUAGGCGAUAAUAAACCGGAAAUUGUAAGUGGUCCGACUGAUAAUACACCUAAAGGUAAGCCAUUGAGUAGACAACAGGAACAAGACAUGGAGGAUACUAUUGAUUCGGUUAUUGGGAAAGUGAAGGAGGCUGGAAAAGAGUCGAAGUAUCCCGAGUAUUUUGUCAGUGGAUUCAAAGAAAAGAAGAAGAAAAAAGUUGCAAAGUCUGAUGAAUGGACUGUCAGUGCAAUUAGUGAGACUUACAGUGGGCCAGAAGAUGAUGAUGAUGACAAUCAUGUUAAUGAUCAUGUUGAUGAUCAUAUUGAUGAUGAUAAAAAAGUGGACAUAUCCAGCAAAGAGUCAGAGGUACCAUCAUAUCCCCAUCCCACUGUUAUGGCCCCUCACAUGUUAAUGAGGAUGCAGGCUGAACAGGGGAUCCCCAUGCCUAGACCAAGGGGAAGGCCUAGAGGCAGCGGCAUGGGCUUUUACAAAUCUAUGGGUCAUAGGUCGCCCCUAGGUCGAAAACCGGGUAGACCACCAUUGACCAACCGAAGUCCGGUUCGAAGCCCAGGCAGGCCACCGUUAGCGAACAGAUCCCCAGGGAGACCACCUUUGAAUCGGAGCCCUGGGCGACCACCUUUAAACAGAAGCCCAGGGCGUCCACCUGGCAGCGGUAAAAGCCCAGGGAGACCCAAAGGUUCUACAGGACUGAGCCCAAAGCCCAGGGGUCGCCCAAGAGGCUCCAAGAGCCCUAGAUCAAGAGGCGGAAGUCCAAGAGGAGCUUACACAAACUUGCCAUUUGGAACUAUUGAAAAUCCAGACAACAUGGAUACCAAUGCUACUCGUGAAAGUGUUACACGGAAUUUCUCGUCUGACACCGGAAAUGACGAUUCUGGUGCAACGCUUUUUGAAUUCCCGUCAAGGUCCCCAGAUAGAGAGAAUACUCCUAAGAGGGAUAAAUUGUCACCACCUCAUUCCCCAAGUCGUAGUAGAAGUGGCUCCCUGGAUGAAAAGUCAUCUGUGGUGUCUAGUCCAGCGCCUACUGAGCCGGCUCUUUCAAGGGAAAAUACUCCGGAACAUGGUGCGGCUGUAAAGCAAGAUUCUAGUUCUGACUUGGCCUCUUCUCCUAAAGAAGCUACUCCAGUGAAAGAAGAACCAUUCAGCCCACCAAUAAACAGGGACAGAAGUUUCUCACCUGUAACAGUUUCCCCGAAAAGAGAACAUCUUUCUCCUAGAAAAGACUUCUCACCCUCACCGAAGAAAGACUUUUCACCCUCCCCCAAAAAAGACUUUUCUCCCUCCCCAAAGAAAGAAUUUUCCCCCAAGAAAGAAUUUCGCGAUUUCUCUCCGAAGAAACAUGACUUUGACUCAAGAGAAUCAUCUUUUGAAAAGGAAAGAGGAAAGUACACCAAAGAAAAAGAAAAGGAAAGGAGUAAAAGUUCAGAAAGUGAUGCUCAUAGAAAGGAGCAUAGACAUGAUAAAGAACACAGCAGGGAUAGGGAUAGAUCUAAGGAUCACAAGAAGGACAAAAAGAAGAAGAAAAAGAAGAACAAGGAAAAAGAUCGUGAGAGAGAGCGGGAAGAUGGAGACAGGGAUAGGAAGGAGAAACAUAAGUCAAGAGAGAAGCCAGAGAAGGAGCCUCGAGAGGAGAUACCUUCCAUCCCUCCACUCCAGAAAUUGAAAAUCAAGAUUGGUACAGGCUCUUCUUCAAGCCCAGGCUCAUUUAGAAUCAGCUCAUCUAAGCCUGUGGCCUCGCCCAAACCAGAGCCCAAAGUCUCACCACCCCAUAAGCAGCCAGAGAUGAGUGUUCCCAAAUUAAAAUUUCGAGUUUUGCCACCUAAGCCCGACCAGGGAAGUGACAGUCAAUCUUGGGUUUCUUCAAUCAAGGACGAAACCAGAGAACCCACACCUAAACAUGACACCCUUUUCUCGAGUCCAAAACCUUCCCCCAAGCUUGUACAUUCACCCUCGAUAAAGGCAGAGUUUACCAGUGACAGCGAUGAUGAUGGUGAUAGUAGUUCUAAAGCUGGUGAUGAUGAAGUGACUGUUUCUGUUGUUAAGGGAAAGAUAAUGAAAAAGCCAUCAAAGAAAGGAAAAAAGAAAGGGUCUUCAAAAAAGGGGAAGUCUAAGAGUGAAAUGUCACUACUCAGGAAAGAAUUGUUGACAGAUAGAGUGUUUGGUGGUGUCGAAAAAGGAGAUACAUUUUCAUCCAUAGGGAAAGAAGGCUCACCAUUGUCUCCUUUCUCACUCCAAAAUGUCCCCUCCCCAAUUACAAUUCCAGCUCUUAAAGCAGCCCCACCCCCUCCAUCUCCCCCAGCCCCAUUGAAAAAAUCCCCACCUAAACCAAAACCCAAGGAACAGAGGCCACAGUCGCCAUUGUUCAAAGACAUUUUGAAACCUAGCAUACCCCUCACUAUAAAGACAAACACAAAAAAGUCAUCCAAGAAGCAACCUAAAGUGUCACCUCCAAUAAAGAAAUUUCCAUCCCCAUCUCCGUCAAGCUCAAAAUCUCAACCAUUCAUAGACUUUCCAAUGCCUCGUACGCCAUCACCUCGUCGAAGUAUGAGCCCCCUCUCCAAUAACUCCUCCCCAAUGUAUUCUCCUGCUUCAUCUCCAGCCAGAGACUCCCCCCUCCACUUCCAGAUCCCACCAACUCCUGCCCUCCCCACCCGCACAAAUACCCCUCCAAUUUCUCCGCACUCCCGCACGUUCUCAACAGAUGAGGAAUUUGACACACCCUCUUCGGAUCGUCCGAAGAUGCCGCCACCCACAGAUUUACCUCCCAUGCCACCUACAGCGGCACAGCGCAGGGCCCAGAGGACAGUUAUUACAGAGACUGUUGGCUCCUUUGUGAAUGAGACCGGUGAGAAAGUGUGGAUUUGCCCGUCAUGCGGAAUGCAGGACGACGGCAGCCCUAUGAUUGGGUGCGACACCUGCGAUGAUUGGUAUCACUGGGAGUGUGUUGGUAUUAAAUCAGAGCCUGCCGAAGACGCAUCCUGGUUCUGUCCCAAGUGUUCGAAACCUAGCAAGGGAAAAGGGGCCAAGAGGGGCCGAAAAAAGGGUCGCAAGAGCUAGCGAGACGGUUAAAUGACCUAGAGAUAAUAGCUUUAAAUUGAUAUAGUUUAUUAAAUGGGGCCGCAAAAAGGGCUGUAAGAGCUAGCAGUGUUGGUUAAAUGAAAUAGAUGAGGGGCCUCAAAAAGGGCUGUAAGAGCUAGCAGUGACUGUUAAAGGAAAUGAAAGAGGGGCCUUUAAAUGGGCUACAAGAUUUAGAAGUGUGAGUUGAAUGAAAUGGAGUACAUGUAGUGGAUUUAUGUAUCAUUUAUCAAUAUAUUGAUACAGUUUAUUGAAUGGAGUAAAGUGUGAGGGUAAUAAAAGAAGUGUGCUUUGAUGACGGUGCCAUGAAUUUUGCAUAUUAUUAAAUAGAUAAAAGAUUGUCAAAGUGUGAACUCAAACCAAGAAUAAAUAGUAGCAAGAGGGAUUUUUGAGGUGGAAGCGAAAAAUGUACUAUCUGCUUCUUUGUUAAACAGGGUUCCCACAGUUAGGUAAAAGUCAGGGAAAAAUGAGUGUUUUUCGAGGUCAGGGAAAAGUCAGGGAAUUGUUAAAUUGGUCAUGGAAAUUAGGAAAAUGGGCAAAAGUGCGGGAAAAGUUGGAGAAAUUUGGAACAUGGGAUGGAGGGUUGUGGAAACAAUUUGUAAAGAAUAAGAAAGAAGGUAUUAAGGCUAAUGUUGCCGGGUAGCACGAGUUCCAGUGCCAAAAGUUUGGUCAGGGAAAAGUCAGGGAAUUGUUUUCUAUGAUUUGUGGGAACCCUGUUUAAUAACACUUGUAACCAUCAUGCUUAAAUGCCUCUGAUUGCAAAAUGGAAUACUAGAGAUAGUUAAAUCAAUAAAGAGGAUAUACUUUACUUUUAUUAAGGCUGGAUAAUUGAAUGACAAUGCUGCAGUGUUAUGAAGUUUGUAUAUUUGUUAUAUCUGUGUACAUCAAAAAUACCAAGAUCUAGUGCUACAUGUAUAUUUGGUCCAUUUUAGAUGAUUAUAUAAAGGGUCUUACCUGUAAGGUAUCAAAAAUAUUAAAAUUGUAUAAAAGUCACAAAUGUCAAAAAGAUUUAUUUUAUUUUCUGAAUAUUGUGUUUAUUUUUGAUACUUAUUAAAGUUUAAUUCACACAAAUAUGUAGCCCUGUAAUGAACAUAUUACACUUAAAAAUUACAACUUAAGUCUUGAUUAAAAUGGACCCAUGUUUCAUUGGAAGGAGUUUUAAUGGGAACGAAUAGUCUUUGUUAUAUUGACAGUGUCUUAUUCUCACCUUUUGUGAAUGAGCCCGGGGCUCUUCAGCUUGUGAAAAAAGUGACACUAAAUUGUGAAAAAGCCAGAUUUUUUAAGCAAUGAUUGUCCUAUAAAUGGCGCUUAUAUCAUUGCUUUAUGUCAUAAUUCACUUGUAAGAAGGACUUAGAAAUAGUGUGUGAAUAAUUAUAUAACAAGGGAGGAAAUGGAGGAAAAAUAAUAUUCAUGAGAUUUUGCUUAGAACUACUACUUUUAAAAAAUGUAUUGUUUUUGGAAUUUGUGAAUGUACACUACACUACAUUUUGUUUUCAUCAGAUGUUGCAAUGAGUAUGUUUUCGGUCAAUCAAAUAUUGUUCAUACUUUAUAACUGUUAAAGAUAUUCACAUAAAACUUUGUACAAAUGUUAAAUAGUCAACCAUACCUUACAACAUUUAAAGAUAUUUACAUGAAACUUGUACAGAUGUAAAAUAGUUUAAACUGGCAAUAUAUGUAAUUAUAUGUGCUAUUUUUUAUCUUUUUUAUAUUUAUGGUCCUUGGACCAUGGUGGACUUGUUUGUAAAGAAUUGAGUUGGUUUAUUAUUAUUAUUAUUAUUAUUAUUAUGGUGUCACCCUUCUAAAUUAAGUGACAAUCUGCUGUGAUUCACCUUCGUUGAUAAACAUCUUUAUCUAUAUGCUAGGAGCCUGGAAAGCUAUGAGUAGCCAUUCUUGAACUAGCUGCUGUUUCAUCUACCAACCAUAUCAGAACUAGCCCCUAGUGGGGCUCGAAACUUCAACGUCAAAUUUCGUGGGCAGCGUCUUACCUCUAGGCCAAGGGGCAGUAACUUUGUUUAUAUGUUGAUGUUGGACUGCUGCACUGUUUUGCUAGCAAAAACAUAAAAAAAUGUAUUUAUGUUUAAUUGAAAAAGGGUACAUUUCAGCUUGUUAGUUUUCCAAGAAAAAAGUCUGCAUUUUGUGAUAGCCAUGGAGUCCUUGGCAUCACAGCGCAAAAAAUACCUUUGACAUGACUCAUAAACCAUUUAAAGCUGCAAUCUUACAGAUUGAACAUUUUGACAACUUUUUCAUUUUUUUGUCUUGGAAUGUGCCAAUUUUUGCGAUAAUUUUCAUGGAAACCAGUUAUAUAAGACUGCUGACAUAAACUGAGAUCGCAGAUUUUUAUAUUUAAGUUCAAAAAUUGAUGUUUUAUGCAUUUUUCCUAAACCGUUAGUAAUAGUUUAAGCCAUAAAACAUUAAUUUUCGAAAGGAAAUAUGAAAAUCUGCAAUCUAAUCUUUUGUCAGCGAUCUUUUAUCAUUGGUUUGCAGAUAUUUACACAAAAAUUUGCUCUUUCCAAGACAAUAAAUAAAGAAGUUGUAAAAAUGGUAAAUCUGUGAGAGUGCAGCUUUAAGAUGAAAGUUUACAUGUUUCCAGAUAGAACUGAAAGCUAUUUUUUCUACUUGUAAGGCCCAUAUAAAUUAAUUGCUAGUUUUUCGUCCAUUUUUUUUUAAAUGGGGGCAGGCGGUGACAUUGUAUUUUGUUUUCUUAGAUGACUGUUUCACCGUUGAGUAUGUGUUCAUGCUCUUUCUUAUUGCAUUAGGGACUUUAUACAUGUGUUUUAGAUGAACCACGAACACUAUCUUAAAACAUCGAAACCAUAUGAUAGGUAUGAAUAAAGUUUAACGCCGUUUCCAUACAGUACCGGACCGAUACGUAAAUACAGACCCUAGUUCAACAUAUUUAUUUGAAUCAAUAACAUUUAAGGGGCGGCAGAAAAGAGAGGGGUCGGGGAUGUAAAAAUCUAGCAAUUAAUUUAUAGUCGCCUUUUUUACUCAAUUCAAACAGACAUGUUUUGGCGUUCCCUCCCCUGCACUCUUUGUACUUUUGUAUGACUGAAAAAUCAUGUUUUAAAUACUGAAUGCUGGUAGCUAUUUUGUUAUGAUUAUGUACAUACAUGUGGCCACAUAAAGGCAAGUGCUCAAUAUAUAUUUGUUUUUCGGUUUUAAUAUGUUUUUCAAAGUAUGUGUAUUGUGCAAUUCAUAGAAUGUGAAUAAAAAUGUAAAAAUGAA